ACGUUGAGCCCUGAGAGCUCAGAAGCCGUCGAGCAGCUCACUGCGAGAGAGGAACACAGCCAAGUAGCAGGCAUUCGUCGCACGUUAGCCUAAAGAGAGACAGAGACCGAGGGGGCAGAGAGAGGACGAGUUCCAUCGAACAGCACCGCAGAACCACACGGGACCGACCUGGGAAGGACAGGGAAAAAAACAAAAACUAAUCCUGAACUGAUCCGGGCAUCCCAUAACGGAAAACUUUACACGUUCCAGCUGUAGGAGCAAGAUCAAAGCUGAGGCCUCUGUGCAAAAUGUCUAAACAGCCGUCAACAAACGUAAAAGCUUUACAGGCCAACCUCAAUAUUCCGAUGGGAGCUUUGCGUCCGGGAGCAGGACUUCCUGGGAAGAGGAAAGACGAGACACAGGACACGGCGGAGGUACCAGCCGUCACUCCGGAAGAAAAGAAGCACCUUCCUGGUGCUGUGAAACUUCCAGGGCCGGCGGUCGACCUUUCCGAGAUCAAGAAUGUCAAAAGCGAGCUCAGAUGGGUCACUAAAGAUUAGACACACUCAGGUGACCCCACCUUGCUUGUGUUACAGAAGGAGACAGACAGCUCUACCAGCUCUAACUAUUCCAUUACUGAUUCUCUACGACAAUGUCCAUCAACUCCCAAAUUUCCCGCCACUGAAACCAAGACGCCCAUCCUCCAAUGAACUGCAAUAACUCGUCAAAGUUUUCCAUCCCUGCAACCCACAUAGCAAAGUUGUUUUUCUGGUUCAAGAACGGAUUGGAGCCCUAUAAAAAUCCCAGACUUCAGUUAUCCCGAGUGCUUGAGGGUUUAGAACCCAUUUCAGAUCUGGUACUGAAUCUCAGCCUUCUCUAAGGCUAGAUACUGCAUACAAAUUAUGGUCCGAGAAUGGCUCAGGCUAUUUUGGCAGAUUAGCUUCUAUGAUGGUCCCAAAUCCGUCCCAGAAGUCAUCUCUAAUAACAUGUAGACUUUGGUUUCAAAUCUCAGCCGUCUCUCGCCCAAGAUACUGGUUCUCCAAGUUACAGCUGCAUAACAAUCAUAACAGUACCAUAGCUAUAAUUGCCAUAUUAGUACCAAAUCUCAGACUGCAGUUAUUGCUAGACCCAAUUAACAAUUUAGUACUGAGCCCAGAUAUUGCAAAUAAAGAUGGUCCAGACUGGUUUUCCAUCUGAGAGCUGCAUAAUAGCCAUUAUAGUAGCAAAUCCCAGGGAACAUUCAUCUCUAUUAUUGGACCUUACACAAACCUAAACCUAUUUAAUAUAUCUGCUACCAAAUGUUAUCCAUUGUUUGGCUCAGAACUCACGAAGAAUGAUGACCAUGUAGACCUUUCAGCCCAGAACAAUAAGGUCCAGGAAUGGUCCAGCCUGGUUCUCCAUCUUAGAUUAGCACUGCCUAACAGUGCCAAAUCCCAGCAAACAGAAGACCCAGAAUAGCUUGCCAGCGAAGGAAAAAGCAUGCCAGAGUCAACCAAAUUUCAAACAUUUUGGACCUUUUGUAUAUUGUGAAGGUUAUAGCACAAGAAUGGUCCAUGAUGUUUUACCACCCAUUUUAGAUCUGGUACCAAAACCUCAAAUAAUGUUGACCACCUAGAUUACAGCAGCUUAUCAGUCCUAAUAGAACCAAAUCCCUGCCAGCAGUCAUCACUAUUACUCAUUUAUGGUACUGAAUUGCAGCAUCUUGCAUCUUGACCCAGAUACCACAAAGAACGAUGGCUCACGAUGACUCCGAAUUGACUACCAGAUGAGGCAAAAGAGACAAAGCCGUACCAAACAAAUCGACAGCAUUUUGGACGCAUCCCCAAUCAGCCCACAUGCUGUUUACCAUCAGAGAUGUGGCACCAUCAAUGCCAGACAUGGCACCAUGCAGCUGCAGACACCAUUCCCCCCUGACUUGAUGGCACUUCUUGACCAGAUAAUUUUGCUAUGUAGGUAUAAAAGCACACGACUCGAACCUGAUGAAAACCACAAACUGCACAUUUGACAUGGAAUCAUGGCAAGCUGUUCUCUUUGAUAUCUCUUGUUUUAAAUCUAAAGUGUGUGUGUGUGUGUGUGUGUGUGUGUGUGUGUGUGUGUGUGUGUGUGUGUGUGUGUGUGUGUUUGUUUUAGCAGAGGUCUGAUUUCAUAACAGAUCUGCAAGCUCCUCUGCUGCCAUGUGUGAAGUCACAUAUUUAAAUUCCUUUUAUAGAGCCUGAAUCAUAAUGUAGCAUGAUGAUUAGUCCGUGCUGUUCGUGUUAAUAGUGGAAAAUGCCGUCUCGCUUCAUUUAUGCUGAACAAAUGUGAGACAUUGGAAAACAUGUUUUCAUACUUCAUGGCCUUUUCUUUUGAACCACUAUGUUUUUUUUUCUGCCUUUCCUUGCCAUUGUUCUCUGGCUUCGUUUUGGGAGCGUGUAGGCUGACAUGCAAUAAAAACACGAUUUCUCAGUGUCACAGUGUAGGAGGGUGAAGCAAUCACAGGUUGUCUUAGAGCAAACAGAACUGAAUUUCCAACACGUCGUCACUGUUUUAUUAGCUCUUAAAUGUGAUAUUUGUGAAGAAGGUUUUCUCUCUUUUUUUUCCUCCUGUUGAACAAGCAGCACAUCAGUGAAAGUGUCCUUAUUGAAGAUUCUGACCAGAGUCAGAAGGGCUAAGAGAAAAUAAUGACCAUGUGUGAAGUGUAAUAAAAACUUGGGUCAAAAAUAAAAUACCAUGCCACAUAACUGA